AUGUGUUGUUUAACGCGGCAUCUCCUUCACUUUCUCUCCCACUUUCUGAGUAUUUUUCUCGGCAACCAAACACCAAACAAUUAACAAUCAAACCAUCCACACUUUCAAACCAACAUAUACACACCGAAAGAGGUCCAACAAGUUACAGAAGAAGCAAACGGAACGCGUUUGAACAUAAUCAUGUUGCGAUCCUGUUACCGGCCGUUGGAACGAUGCUUGGGAAGGCGAGGCGGCAGCGACGGGCUAAUCUGGCACUCUGACUUGAAGCCACAUGCUUCUGGCGAUUACUCGAUCGCGGUGGUGCAGGCCAAUAUGUGUCUAGAAGAUCAGAGUCAAGUCUUCGCGUCUCCCUCAGCAACUUAUGUUGGGGUUUACGACGGUCAUGGUGGUCCAGAAGCCUCCAUAUUUGUUAACAAGCAUUUAUUUCCUUUCAUGCAUAAAUUUGCUACAGAGCAAGGAGGAUUAUCUGCUGAUGUGAUAAAAAAGGCAUUCAGUGCCACUGAAGAGGAGUUCUAUCGAUUGGUAAAACAAUCAUUCCCUAUAAAGCCACAAAUUGCUUCAACAGGAUCAUGUUGUUUAGUUGGUGCAAUUUCAAAUGAUGUUCUAUACGUGGCUAAUCUUGGGGACUCGAGGGUGGUUCUUGGGCGAAAAAAUUCAGGGGAUAAGAAAAAGCCAGUGGUGGCAGAGCGCUUGUCGACAGAUCAUAAUGUUGCAGAUGAAGAGGUGAGGAAGGAGGUCGAAGCACUUCACCCUGAUGAUUCACAUAUUGUGAUGUAUACACGAGGAGUUUGGAGAAUCAAAGGCAUAAUCCAGGUAUCGAGAUCUAUUGGGGAUGUUUAUCUGAAGAAACCCGAGUUUAGUAGAGACCCAAUAUUUCAGCAAUAUGGACACCCUGUUCCUUUGAAAAGACCUGUGUUAUCAGCAGAGCCGUCAAUCCUUAAGAAGAAGCUCACUCCACAAGACCUAUUUCUGAUAUUUGCAUCUGAUGGCCUUUGGGAGCAAUUGAGCGAUGAGACUGCAGUGGAGAUUGUUCUCAAAAACCCAAGAGCUGGGAUUGCCAAGAGACUGGUCAAAGCCGCUCUAAAGGAGGUUGCAACGAAGAGAGAGCUUAGAUACGAUGACAUAAGAAAGAUUGAUAAGGGAAUAAGGCGUCAUUUCCACGAUGAUAUAACGGUGAUUGUAGUUUAUCUGGAUCAGCAGAAAAGCUCCUGCCUGGGUAAAUUUAAACGUAAUGCCAUUGGCAGCACCAGUCCACCUGUUGACAUUUAUUCCUCUAAUGAAGAUGAAGCAGAGGCCGUACUGCUUCACUCACUCACAUGAACAAAAGAAGCAUUUGGUAGAUCACAAACUGACCUUCCAUGGAUUGAUUUACUAUUUUUGAAAGAAUAUAAAAGCUAGUUAAAGGAAUUGAUGCGAGAGGAUUACCAUUGUGCAUAUAAAGAUGUAGUGAUAAAUUGGUGAGUGCUGAUAGGACAAAUACUGAAUUAGACCCUAAAUUGAAAUUGAACCACAAUUUUCUGUACUCGGUUCCUUGUUUGUUCCUAUUUGUGUUGGUUGAUUGUCAAGAAAGUGUGGCACAGUUUUGGACUUUUGCUUUACUUUUUAACAAAAGAUUUCAUCUCUUGUGAAAAUCACAGUAUGAACCUCUGUAACUGGUAAUCACUGUUUAUAUAUGUUGGUCUAAGGCUGUAGAAGGGUGUGGUAGACAAUAGAACUGCACCUAAUUAAGGCUGCUUGAUAAUAGUUUACUUAUUUAUUUAUAGUAAGUUAAAUCACCUGCUUUUGGCU